AUGUAACCUUAUAAAAGAGUUUGUGUAUAGGAAUCAAAUAUCCCCUAUUCAUUUAGUGAACAAGAUGAGAAAAUUGGAAUUGAUUAUUCAAAUUUCAUCUAACAAAUGGAAGGACCUUACCAUUAGCUUUAUGAACCCAUAGAUAAAUAAUGUAUAGGAGCAGGCGGAUAGGGUUGUGUUAUUAAAGUGAGAUGUAAAUUGAAUAAUGAGGUUCGGGCCAUGAAAGUCAUAAAAAAAAUCAAUGAGGAUAAAAAUGAAAAUUUUAGGAAAGAAUUCCAAAACCUUAAGCUAUUAGAUCACCCUAAUAUAUUGAAGCUUUAUCAUAGUUUUGAGGAUGAUCAGAAAUUUUACAUUAUUUCGGAACUCUGUGAAGGAGGAACCUUAUCUCAAUAUAUUGAUGACCAUUACCCACUUAAAGAAGCUGAAGUUCUGAAAAUUAUGAAGUAAUUAAUUGGUUCCAUAAAUUUUGCUCAUGCGAAGAAUUUAGUUCAUAGAGAUAUCAAACCUGAGAAUAUCCUAAUCGAUGAUGAGGUGGCCACCUCAAUCAAGCUUAUCGAUUGGGGUUUCUCUGGGAUGAUUUAAAAAUAUGAAAAAUUAAGUCUUAAAUGUGGUACUAUUCAUUUUGUGGCUCCAGAAGUAAUGGAGGAGUCUUAUGACUAAAAAUGUGACAUUUGGUCUUGUGGAGUUGUCCUUUAUAUACUGUUAUGCAAUGAUCCUCCCUUUCAAGGAACUGAUUCAAAAGAAAUUUUAUUUAAUAUCAAAAAUCAAAGCAUAGAAUUCAGAUAUUAAUCUUGGAAAUAAUAUAGUACUCUCGUUAAGGAUUUAUUGAAAAGGAUGUUGGAGAAAAAUCCAGAGUUGAGACCAAAUGCAUAAUAGGUUCUUGAGGAUCCAUGGUUUGAGAGUAAUUCAUCCGAAUAAAUACUUUCUUAGGAUUUUAAGGAGAGUAUGUUAUAAUUUAAUGGAUAUACUGAAGGUUAGGGCAAUAGUUUAACACAGAGCAGGUUUUUAUAAGCCAUAGUUUUAUUUAUUGCCACUGAAUUAGUUCAUAAGGAUGAUAAAAAGGUGUUGAAUCAAAUAUUUCGAAAGAUUGAUAAGGACAACAAUGGUAAUAUAUGUUAGAUGAAAUCUUUAGGAACCAUCUCAAAAGAUGAACUGAAAAUAGCUCUACUUUAAAUAUAUUCAAAAAAUUAAGUUGAUGAGAAAGUUGACAAAAUAUUUGACUUUUUGGAUGUCAAUCAAAGCGGUUCCUUAGAUUUCAGUGAAUUUGUAGCAGCAACUUGUAAGUUGAAAGAUAUUGAUGAUAAAAUAAGGGUGGCAUUUGAUGUAUUAGACAAGAAUAAGGAUGGUUAUAUUACUCUAGAUGAGUUAUUUUAAUUUAUUGGGAGAGAAGACUAUGACAAUGAUUGUAAAGAAAUCUUUAAUCAAUUUGAUCAGAAUGGAGAUGAUAAAAUAAGUUUUGUUGAAUUCUCUUAGACUGUUUAAAAAUACGUUAAUAUAUGUAAAUAGAUUUAAUAUUGA